AGAGAAGACAUACCAUCGGCUGUAGGGAUGCGCGCUGAUGUUACCGCAGUUCUGGCAUUGCACAGUCACGUUUUCGUAGCCUUUGAGCGGGUUGGUGAACGCUGUUGCGGGCGGUUAGUCUUGUUCGUCCUCAAUCGUAAACCCGUAACGCAUAACCCAUAUCGUUUUGUUCGCGCCCCGGGAUAUACGAAGGAGGGAAUACAACGUGGGUUGGGGGAUAUAUUAAGGAGCUCGGAGGAGGGAGAAUGAUAUGGGAUGACGUACUAUGCGUUCCUAUUGCGUCGAAUCGUCAGCUUUUCGCUAUUUUUCAGAAUCCAAUGCGCGCGAAUUAUUAAAUCAUGCGAACCAUCGCGCCGCACCACACAUCGAAGAGGUCCGCGGUGCCAGCGCCCCGGCCGCGAUGUACGGUGGCGCCGCGCUAUGGCGCAAGAUCCGAUCCGCGACCUGGACUUCAUUGCGGUGGGAAAACGAGCGUUGCAUGACGCGCGUUGUCGGGGAGGGGAGGGGAGGGGAGGGGACUUACCGCAUGUGAAGAAGAAGAACACCAUGAUGAAGGUGGUUCGUGUUGAGGGGUUUGGAUGCGCGGAAAAGAGAUUGGGAGGUUCGGUUGAUAGAGGCAAGGUGUGGAGUGAAUGUGGUGAGCAGGAGCCUGAACGUCGUUCACGAUGUCAAGGCCUCAAAGGAUGGAGGGAACGAUGCACCGUGCGGUCGCUACCAGUAUAUCGGGAUCGAAUAGUUUUAAUACAGAGGGAGAAAUAUGUAUGGAGCUAGGUUUCAGGAAGUUAGGAAGCACGAUCUUUGUUGUCGAAAGAUGCAAAUGACGAAACAAAGGCAAGGGAGGAAUGGGCGAUAUUCAAUUAUUAUACGUC